UCUUUUGUUGCAAAUUGAACAAGACAAAAUAUUUUUAUUCAUAAAGUAUACAUUUAAAGAAGAGGGCGUCGUUGUCAACUGUCACUUCGAAGUUCAUUGCGGGUUCGUUCAAUUUAAAAGAAACGUAGAUAUAAAUUUUAGGGUUAAUAAAAUUAUUGAAAAAAAUUGCAAUCAUGAGCGAAAAAUCUGAUUCUGUUGUGAUAAUUAAAGCGAAACCUGUUCGUAAGGUAUUUAAAGCUCCAGUUAAAAUAAAUAAAAUACCUGAAGAAAUUUUAAACAAUUCAUUGUUAAAUGCAGCAAUUGCUGCGUUACCCUGUAAUUACAAUUUUGAAAUACACAAAUCAGUAUGGAGAAUUAGGGAAGUCAAAGCUAAAAGAGUUGCAUUACAAAUGCCUGAAGGACUUCUAAUGUAUGCUACAACUCUAGCUGAUAUUAUUGAAGACUUUACAGAUGCAGAAACUAUUAUAAUGGGAGAUGUUACUUAUGGAGCAUGUUGUAUAGAUGAUUAUACUGCAAAAGCAUUAGGUGCAGAUUUUUUAAUUCAUUAUGGCCAUUCUUGCUUAAUACCAAUUGAUCAAACUGUUGGUAUUAAAGUACUUUAUAUAUUUGUUAACAUAAAAAUUGAUACUUCACAUUGUAUUGAAUGCUUACAAGCUACAUUAUCAAUUACAACAAAAAUUGGACUUGUAAGUACUAUACAAUUUGCUGGCACAUUACAAGCAAUUGCAAUGGAGAUGAGAAGAAAUGGUUAUGAAGUAUCUACUCCACAAAGUAAACCAUUAAGUCCUGGCGAGAUUUUAGGUUGUACGGCACCACAGAUUCGGUGUGCUGAUGUAGUUAUCUAUGUAGGAGAUGGUAGGUUUCACUUAGAAGCAGCAAUGAUUGCUAAUCCAAAAUUAAGGGCAUUUCGAUAUGAUCCCUAUGAGAAGAAAUUGACAGAAGAAUUUUAUGAUCACGAACAAAUGCUAAAAACUAGAUUAGCAGCAAUUGAACAUGCAAAAGAGAUUGGAAAAUUUGGAUUAAUACUUGGUACUUUAGGAAGACAAGGAAAUCUUAAUGUUUUGAAAAAUUUGGAAACUAGAAUUAAUUUAUUGGGAAAGAAAAAUGUUAUUAUAUUGCUCUCAGAAAUAUUUCCAGAUAAAAUUAAAUUAUUUAAAGGCGUUGAUGCUUUUAUACAGAUUGCAUGUCCACGAUUAAGUAUAGAUUGGGGAACAGCGUUUGAAAAACCUUUUCUCACACCAUAUGAAGGAGCUGCUGCUUUAAAAAUGAUAAAUUUUAAUAAUGAUAAGCCAUAUCCUAUGGAUUUUUAUGCUUCAGCUAGUCUUGGGCCAUGGACUCCUAAUUACAAAGAAUCUGAAUUAGAAAAACAAACUAACACUUGUUGUGGUAAAUGUAAAGAUAAAACAUAAACAAUAAAGAUUAAUUUAUAUUUAACUUAA